AUGUUCAAAGCUUUCCUAGAGAUCACCAGUUUACUCAAAGACAUCAAACAGACAGUAUCGUUACAAUCGCAAGAGCCCAAAUCAACAAAAUCAUCUGCAGAGAAGUCGACGUCAUCCUUAGAUAAGGGAAAGGAACCGCUCGGACUAGAAAAGACGCCGGACAACUCUGCCCAGAGACAAAACGCCCCCAUAACAAUCCCGGACGAGGAAAGGUGGAUGGAAGAACAACACGCUCCCAAGGAAAGAGAAGAACGUCUGGAGGAAAAAGUACGUCAGGUCAUGAGCAGGCUCGGGAUAAGAUGUGAAGACGUAGAUACCUCCCUUCGGAGUGAUUCACCUCUUACAGAUCUCAUCAUCUCUCACGAGUUCCCUGCUAAAUUCAAGUAUCCUCCAAAUUUGGAAUCUUAUGAUGGGACCGGUUGCCCCAAGAGCCAUGUGCAUAAAUUCCAAGCAGUAAUCAAUGUUCAGACAAACCUGGAUCAUGUAUUGUGCAAACUGUUUCCCACUACCCUGAAAGGUCUGGCACAGGAAUGGUACCAAAGCUUGAAGCCAGGCUCGAUACAAACAUUCAAGCAAUUCUCAGGUUUAUUUCAGGCCAGAUUCGUAGCAUGCAUUCCUCAAAAGAAGUUGUCCACGGACCUGCUAGCCAUCAUGCAAAGAGACGGAGAAACACUCAGGAAAUAUAUAGAAAGGUUCAACAAGGAGGCGAUGCAGAUAGAAGAACUGAGUCAGGAGAUCGCCUAUACAGCAUUGCUCAACGGGACCACUAAUUCAGACCUGAGAAAAGAAUUGCUGGCUAAAUCACCAAAAUCGUUCACUACGUUGAUGACCAUCGCGCAUACACAAAUCCGAGUGGAUGACGGACAGAGAGAGAUAGAAAACCGGCAUGGACGGACGGAAGAAAGAACAUUCUCAGAAAGAAGGAAUGGGGAUAGAUCGCCCAUAGGAAAAAGGUUCGGGGAAAAAGGCAGCGACCGUUUCAGAAAUAAGAGAAAACGGACGAGGACAGGCGAUACACCCCCCUAA